AUGAGACUUAGUUGUCAUGUAAUGGACACACCCGCUGGAUCUGCAUCUCUUCAGAGGUCCAGCUCUCAGCAUUCUUAUAACUCUACGAAGAGCACUCGAUCACAGACUGUCCGAAUUCGCCCUCGAAAAUAUGCUUCAUAUAUGUCAAGUUCCACUUCCUCAAUCAAUACAUCUACGUCGACUUCUGAUAAAUCAUUGACAUCCUUUCCAUCCUUUUCUCCAGAGAGUAAAUCCAAUCUACCUCAAGCAAAUAAUAUUGAUGGGAUAAACGCGACAAGUAUUCCAAAAAACCCAGAUAUUACUCCAAUUAAUGCUGACGAGGCUGUGGUCACAUCUCCAGCUUCAAAAGCUCGCAGUGCCCUUUUUGACGAUGCGCCCAUAUCAAUCAAGCGCGUACCUGGCGCAAUCCAUAAUUUGACGACACAGCAAAUCGAAAAUUUGAUAGCGCGCAAUGGAGCCGUAUCUCUGAUAAGACAGAUUGCUGAAGACUUAGCUGAACGAGAUACACAAAUUGCCAAUAUUCGUCGAAAAUCAGAGGAAAAGGAAAGAGCCAUGCGAAAAAUAAUACUUCAGUGUGGACUGUCAAACCUAGACCUGGAGAUCAGACUGCGUGCCAUCGAGGGAGAACAAAAAGCCGUCACUGAGGCUAACAGUAAUAAGGAGUCAACUACUGGACUAGAAGAUUUAAUGAGUGACGCAAUGAGAAGUACAGUUACUCUAAAUAAAUACAAUAUCAAUAAUGAUGCAACCAUUCGUGCCGUGGAUAAGCUUAGAGCGCUGGAUGAAAAACCUCGAACUAUGUCUAGAGGUUGGAGAGGCUUUUUAUGGGGUGGGACUAGUCGAAAGCCAAGUCGAGCAAGUAGUGUGAAUGACGAUUACUAUGCCUGUGUUGAAUCUAAACCUUCAAGGUCAGGUCCAACAAGUUCUGGCCGAAAAACUGUUCUGCAAGAUGGGUUAUUUCAAGCCCCAGAGGCUGUUUUUGAUAAAUCAAAUGAGUUAAACCAGCAGUACGAAGCUGAAGAUAAAACCAACAAUGAGCGAAUAUCCCCUAUGGGAAUUACCGCGCUAGCAUUAAAACUUGUGACUAGUGCGGUACCCUCUGGAAGAACAUCAGAAACAGAUGUCCCUCGUGGCCGCUCUAACAGCUUCGAGGUCUCACUGAAAAGCGAUCGGGAAUCGUCUGUUGCGAGCAUGCAGACAACCACAUCAGUGAGGACUAUUUCUUUGAGAUCAGCUCUAGUAAAAGUUCCACCUGAAUCUAUCGCUGGCUUACGUCGCCCAGUAAAAUCUACUACGGUGAGCCAGAAUAAUAUUUCAAGAGCUUCUCAUGAUCGUUGUAGCACGACAGGAUUAUCAAAUUCACAGGUAACUCCAUCGGGUACUAAGCAAGAGUCAGAUAAUUCUGGGCCAGUUGAAAUGGAUACAAUCCUGCCGCUCGAGGAACAACCGCCAAUAUUGACGCGGGUAAAUAACUUUCAUAAUAAUCAGGAAUUUUUAACUGAUCGAUUUGGUUUUAUUUAUGAUCAACGACGGAAGAAUCGAAAAAAGGGCGCCGGGGUAAUGCAGACAUCGGAGCGAGUGAAUAGAGUUGAAACAUUAAGUAGUACCCGGAGCACGUUUUCUGCGAAAUCCAAUGAUGAAACGACAGCUGAAGAGAAUGAUGCAAAAUCUAGUGCUUCAUUCUCUAUUGAAGGAGCUAGUGAUGAACAAAUGCCAACUAAACGAUGGCAAGAUUAUCUUAAAAUUGCAACAUUUCCCACCGAGCUUCUCUCGCACACUCCAUCUGUCGAGGCUCCAGCACUUCAAAUACUUGAAGGAAUUGAAGUCCCGAAAUCUCCAACUAUUGUGACUGAAGGAAGAGGCUUCGUUCCAUUAGCAAGUACCACUGCCUCGCAACCCGCUAUGACUGUGACAUCGGAUCAUGCGAUUAUAUCAAAAUCGAUAAAACCUGCGCCUUCAUCUCCAGAACCCUCCACCGAAGAUACAGAGCCAGUUAAGCUUCUUCUAAAGCAGCUUGGAGAUGUCCAUGAUUCUCUACAACGUGAAAAAACUAUUAAAUGGAACGAUUUCCUCCGAAAAGUUCGAGCUGAACGCAAACGAGAAGGAGAGGCUGCUGCUACUGCUGAUUCUAGAUCUCCAAAGAUUUUGGUAAGAAUGCCAGAGGCAACUCUUACAGAUGGCGAAAUGAUUGGGGUAGCGGGUUUGGGCAAUAAAGGAAAGGUAGGGCGAGCAAAGUGGAAUGAAUUCAAGGUGCUUGUACUUGGUGGAAUUCCGGUGACGUACCGCGCUAAAAUAUGGUCAGAGUGUUCAGGAGCUGCUGCGUUGAGAAUCCCAGGAUACUACGAGAGUCUCAUAAGUCGGCCAAUUACUGAUGAUGAUCCGGCCAUACUUGCACAAAUUCAAAUGGAUAUAAAUCGCACACUUACCGAUAACAUAUAUUUUAGAAAAGGAACAGGUGUUAACAAGCUCAAUGAAGUUCUCUUGGCCUACUCCCGACGUAAUGCUGAUGUUGGGUAUUGUCAAGGCAUGAAUCUUAUUACAGCAUGCCUCUUGCUAAUUAUGCCGACUGCUGAAGACGCAUUUUGGCUUCUUGUCAGUAUAAUUGAGACUAUUCUACCGAAAGGAUAUCAUGACCAUAGCUUACUAGCUUCGCGUGCGGAUCAACAAGUUCUUCGGCAAUAUGUAGCCGAAGUUUUACCAAAACUCUCCUCGCAUCUAGAUAACUUGAGUAUUGAACUCGAGGCUCUUACGUUUCCAUGGUUUCUGUCAGUAUUUACUGACUGCCUCUCAGCCGAGGCUCUCUUUCGUGUAUGGGAUGUGGUUUUUUGCACCAAUGAUGGCAGUACAUUCCUCUUUCAAGUUGCGCUUGCUUUACUGAAACUAAAUGAAACACCUCUACUCCAGUGCCGAACGGCUGCCAGCUUGUAUACAUAUAUUAAUCAUCAAAUGACAAAUCAUGCCAUUAGCAUUGAUGGUUUGAUUCAGGCUAGUGAGGGACUAAGAAAAACCGUCCGUCGCGAGGUGGUAGAGGCGCGACGCCUUGAUGCUAUAGACAGCGAAAAACAUCGGUUACGGCAUGGACGCGACUUCCACCCUGCACACAGCACGCCUCGAACAACAAAGUCAGGAGCAGUAACCUCUGGGGCUAUGAUUGAAAGAUAA